CCAAUUAAUUACCUGACUGUGCAAGUCACUAUACAUCAUACUGAACUUGACCAGAUCCAUCACCUCCUUGAAGAAAACCAACAGCUGCAUGAUGAGAAUACUCAGUUGAAAGCCCAACUUGCUGCUACCACCGCUAGUGCUUCUAAGCCUACUGUCCCUAUUUCCGCCCCUAACACUGAGGCUGUAACAUGUCUGCAACCACUCCUACACCUUUGGGCUCUGAUGAAUUCACCUGGGCCACUGUGUCCAAAAAAAAUUCGCUCUCCACAUGUUAAGCACACUUUCAGAAGCUUGGCUGCUUCAGUCUGUACAUUCAAGGAAGCUGAAGGCCCUAGUGCCUUCCAAAUUCCAGAUAUAACUUUCCCUGCUCACUCUUACCAUUCCUCUGUUCUUGCCACACUUGAAAAGCAUACCAUUAAGCCCUUCCUUGAUCUUGACCCUCUUGCUCCUGUCCAUCUUACUGAUCCCAAAAUCAAAAGUUUACCACUUGAGGAACAACACCUGUUUACCGAGACUCUUCACUAUAGUCGAUGCGAAAAAGCCAUGGCCCGCCUUCCUUAUCACCUUGCCUCACCUACUGCCCGCUCCUUUCUAAAAUAUGCAAUCUUUAAUGAGGCAGAUGUUUCUCGCAUUCUGAGUUCCUGCCAAGGUGCUCCCAUUUCCUCUGCCAAAGAAAAGGCUUCUAAUCCUGAUAUUGAUAUGGUCAAUGCCAAACGUGAACACACCCAAGCUCAUAGUAGCACACUUUAAAGAUAAUUAAUCCCAAUCACCGCUUCACUCCUUCUUUGUCAACCUCUCUUGCCACUCAUUUUCGAUCACCCUCACCCCCAACCCCAUCCACUCCCACCACUCACUUCCGCAUUGGCCUAUGGAAUAUCAAUGGCCUUCAAGCCUC